CAUAGAUAAGGCCUAAAAUUGGACACCUACGGAGCUUCUAUGCUUGCAGCUGGUCCGUUACAUUGCUUCCAUUAGCAGCAGCGGUCGCGCCUCAUCUGACUUCCUGUUCUACCAGAAGCUUGUAGUUCGGUAUAGCACCACCAGGGGAUGGAGUGCGACCCUUUCCUCAAGUUCCCUCCUUCUUUUAAGCGCGCGAAGACCACGACACCGGUCGAUUUUUGCAGACAAAGUCGCCCAGGAUUGCUGUACGGCACGUAUAGCCAUUAUAAACGCAAAGCUGUCUAACGUGCGCCAGAAAGUAAGGCUGCAUCAAAUUUUAAAAAUCACUUUUUACUACAUAACAUAAAAUGCUAAGGAAAAGCUUAUUCCACAUAUUAUAAACGUUCUAAGUGUCUUUUGUCAUACUUAAAUGUUGUGGUGAUUCUAGCAUGCUAUUGUUAACGUCCUAUAUUCACUAAGUAAGAUCAUCGAUGUCUAAGAUCAAAGUUAAUUGGUGGAAUAGUUCAUGUCCUUAUAAUGUGAGAACUACAAUUUAGCAAGUCAUAGGUAAUUACUCGUUGUGCUGCGGUACGACAACGGCAGAUGAAAGCAUGUUUGGGCCUUGUCAAUGUUUUUUUGAAAUAUGACGGCGAAAAAAGUGUACAAUACAAGAAAGGUGAUUGGAGCUACCGUUUUGUGUAUAGUGAAUUGACCCGUGAAACAUCAGCAAAAAACAGUGAAAAACAUUAACAACGACCAUAGUAACAGCGAGAACAGCUUUGUGCCCUUAUAGGAACAGCCGUCGAGAUUUACGAGUGUGCCUUUGUGAAUAUUGAAUCGUGGUUUCACACGAAAAAGGAGAAAGAGUGCUGUGUUUACUCCUGAAUACAUAUAUGAGAUGCGUUCACCGGAUAUAAGGGGCGUGUAACACUAGCAGGACCUCAUCGAGGUGUAGUUAGACAGCCCCCUAACUUGAGGAUUGAUUCUGGCAGGGCAAGUGUAGGAUAUGCCAAGAAACACGGCGGAACUGCGAGUGAUGAAAGACUUCCGAGAACGCGUACCUCGUAGCCAGCAGACGCCAGAAUUGCCAGAAGGAGCGGCGGUAGCGGCUUCUUUACGUUGGCACUGCCCAUCGCGCUGGCGUAUAACCGCCUUGUUAUGCCAGUUGCAUAUAGCGCUUCCACUCCUACUGGCCUUUCUACCACAACUACUACUACUUCUAGGUGCUGCUGGUAAGACAGACGCGUCUCAACUAACAGAUGAUCCAUCGGGGAGAGCCACAGCCGUGUACGCGCUCAAUGGCGAACAAACCACGAUACCGUUCUAUCUACAUCGCCUUCCCGGAACCGUUGUACGGGUCAAACUCUACCAGCAAAAAGCAAACCGCAUGUUUUACGAAAUUGACGGAUCUCGACGAGCCGAUGGGAUAUUCUCGGUCGGUAGUCACAAGAUCGAAAAGGAUUGGGCAAGCAGAUCGUACCUAUCGACGAGUCGUGAACCUGCGUUACUUAAGGUGGGUCACGUGACACUGCUCGAUUCAGACACAUAUAUAUGCAACGUUCAGUAUGCCGGAUCUGAAGAAACGUUCAAUGAGACCGUUCGACUGAUUGUUAUGAUUCGAGCUGCAGCUCCAUUGGCGUAUGUAAGCAGCUCUGAGCAACAGAUGGUGCCAUUAAUCGACCACCGUCUUGGACCUUUCAAUGAGUCGACGAAGGUGACUCUUGUCUGUGAAGUUCUAGGAGGUGUACCACGUCACCGGGUCUAUUGGGUGACAAAGCUGACCCAGAAAACGGAAACAGUUCUGCAGGACAUAACGCGUGUGCAUCUCCCGCUCGUGAUUACCAGGAAUUUGUUGCUACACAAAUUCGUCUGCGUCUCGGAGGCGAUUGAUGGUUACGUAGAGAACACCACGGUCAUCGUCGAUAUUAACAUUCCUGUGGAAGAUGUGACCAUUGUGACGAAUCCGCGCAACAUAAGCGGUGUAGUGGAGAAUAAGGAGGCAGAAUUUCAUUGCCGGGCUGAAGGGUCGCGGCCGCCAACUCGAGCUGUUUGGAGCAUCGAGGGCGGGCCGCCACUUGAGCCCUUUUUCUACGAAGAAAUUGGACAUAACUUAUCGUCAACGUUCUCGGUGCUAAUGUUAGCGGGCAAAAAGGUCCUGGAUGGCCGCCGGCUUCGCUGUUCGGUAACCCACCCUGUAUUCGGAACGAUCGUUCGAGAGUAUCCACUAAAUGUGCUUUAUUCGCCCCGAACUCAUCUACGGUUAGGUAAAGGGGUGCGAAAUCCUCAUGAUAUUCCGGAAGGGAGCGACGUGUACUUCGAAUGCGUGGUCGACUCUAAACCUAAACCAUCGAUGAUUUUUUGGUAUCACAACGGUAGACCUAUAGAGACGAAGGACAUUCCAACUACAACAGCAGGUACCUACCUAAUUCUUCAAAGCGUUAACGCCACGCACUCUGGGAACUACGCAUGCCUAGCAACCAACCCGGUGGGAUCAACAGCUAGUGAAAACGUCAGCAUCACAAUCAAAUAUGCGCCCCGAUGUAUGGGACUGUGGCACCAAGGCUGGAAUGGCUACUCGGCAACAAACGUCACUGUGUUGUGUACGCUUGAUUCAAACCCGCGUAAUAUGAAUUUUAAUUGGUUUGUGCAAAUAGGCCUCAAAAAGGCCGACAAGAUCCGCCUACCAUUUACCGUCGUCAACGAAACAACGACAAAGGCAGUGGUGGACUUAUCGACGUUCGAACAGCCCUCAGUAACCGUCGAGUGCGAAGGAAAAAACGACAUUGGCGUUCAACGACUGCCUUGCGUGCUACAACUUUCCAAACGUUAUGAUCUAUACGACGGUGAGCUACGCGACUGUACCGUUUCGAGUCACGACGAGGUGAUGUAUUUUGAUCGGCUCGUCGUUCAAUGCCGCUUGCCACGAACACCACAAGCACCGAACCUUUACGUGAUGGAAGUCUAUACUGGUGAUGAUAUGAGUCUCUUAUUAAACGUCAGCUCAGGCAGUCCGCAGUUUAUCAUCGCAUCACGCAGUUUUGGUUCGGCUGACCAGCUCGUGCUGCUGAUUUACUCGGUAAAUGCGGACACUAACGUCCGUUCACAGAGAACAGUCCGGCUUGCGAUACAGACGAACCCCUAUACAGCCCCGCUUGCUUCGAUUGAGUCCUCGGCGCCAGGUCUUUCAACGCACGACCUCAUACUGGUGAUGUGCCUCUCAGCAAUGUUGGCUACGGCGCUCAAAUGACGCCUUCGCAGAUGCAGUUCGGGA